AUGAUUAAUGUGGUGGCUUUCGUAGUAGCGGGCGGUAUCCUCCGCAUCAAGAUACGACGUUUGCCUCUUCUCCUUGGACAUUGGCUAUUGGACAACGCUUUCCCAAAAGAAAACCAAUCUCGACGCUUUGCUGGAUGGAUUGAUACAACCAUCUCGCUUCCGGGUUGGGCCCAGGGUCAUGAUCAUCAUUGGCAGACUCAGGAAUCCGUUGACAUCAUCGAAAAAGAAGGUGGUUUGCCAGCGAGCCAUCCUCGUGCAGUUGCAGCAGGAGAGAUUCUGUCUACCAGUCUACGUAUGAUCCUUGCACCCGCAGGAGCAUCCUUGAUGACCCUAAGAACACCAAGCGGCCGCGAAACGCUAUGCCGCUUCAGUCAUCUUGCCAUGAAUGCUCUCGAGGUCAUCAUCAUCCACAAGAUGCUCAAGCGCUUCCACAUUCUCUUGCGUUACUGGCGACCCGCGAAGCUGGACCCUCAUUUUCUCGGUACCUUCUCGAGAAUCAGUUUUCGCACAAGCUUUCGGAUGAAGAAAUGGCCUAGUUCGCUCUUUGGUGCCGGUUCAGACGCGACUGCUGCAUGCUAUCCCAAGGCGCAGGAGAAAGUGGCUAUCUCGCGCGACCCGAACGUCUAUCCAAACCCUGACAAGUUUGGACCCGAGAGAUGGCUCGACAGCGAUGGAAAGAUCCGUGAGGACCUCAAGCUCAAGUUCCCUUCAUACGGUUUUGGACGCAGGCGACACAUAGCGAAUCGCUCGAUCUUCAUCAACCUCGCGCUCCUCUUGUGGUCGUUCAAGAUCAUACAGGACCCGGAGAAUCCUAUUGACCAAUCGGACUGUGUGGCAAGCGUGAUUGCGCACCCAAAACGCUUCGCUGCGCGCUUCGAGCCACGGUUUGGAGACGAAGGAUUGUUGAAGCCAAGUCUUUGGUGGACCAGCACUGUAGUUUCAGCUCUUUCAGUGUGUAUUCACUCUGAUCUCAUUCCAUUUUGCACUCAAUUCGAGACCUUUCACAGCAUCACUGACCCAGUGUAUCGAGCUGGGCUGCAGCUUUGUCCUCCAGGUCAUUCUCUUCGGUCCUCGUUUCUCAACAAUCCUGCGCUCGACAUUGGAGAUAGAUUCGGGCAGUGUGGCAUCAUGUUCGAUGUUAAUGAGUCCAUCGAGUUCCAUCGGAAUGCAUUACUACUACUCUGUCCCCCUGGUCAUUCAGAUAGAUCCGAGUAUCUGAACGAUCUUGCACUCAGCCUUCGAGACCGAUUCCUACAGCAUGGCACCAUGCCUGACCUUGACGAGGCCAUUGAGCUGCAUCGGGAUGCAUUACUCCUCCGUCCCCUCGGCCAUUCAGAUCGAUCGUCGUCUCUGAACAAUCUUGCAAUCAGCCUUCACGACAGAUUCGAGCAGCGUGGCAUCAUGUCUGACCUUGAUGAGGCCAUCGAGCUGUAUCGCGAUGCAAUACUCCUCUGUUCUCCCGGUCAUUCAGAUCGAUCCUCAUCUCUGAACAAUCUUGCUAGCGGCCUUCAAGAGAGAUUUCGGCAGCGUGGCAUCAUGUCCGACCUUGAUGAGGCCAUCGAGCUGCAUCGGGAUGCAUUACUCCUCCGUUCCCCCGGCCAUUUAGAUAGAUCCUCGUCUCUGAACAAUCUUGCAAUCAGCCUUCAAGCCAGAUUCGGGCAGCAUGGCAUCAUGUCCGACCUUGAUGAGGCCAUCGAGCUGCAUCGGGAUGCAUUACUCCUCCGUCCUGCCGGUCAUUCAGAUCGAUCCUCGUCUCUCAACAAUCUUGCAAUCAGCCUUCAAGCUAGAUUCGAGCAGCAUGGCAUCAUGUCUGAUCUUGAUGAGGCCGUCGAGCUGCAUCGGGAUGCAAUACUCCUCUGUCCCCCUGGUCAUUCAGAUCGAUCCUCAUCUCUGAACAAUCUUGCUACUGGCCUUCACGACAGAUUCCGGCAGCGUGGCAUCAUCUCUGAUCUUGAUGAGGCCAUUGAGCUGUAUCGGGAUGCAUUACUCCUCCAUUCCCCCGGUCAUCCACAUCGAUCCUCGUCUCUGAACAAUCUUGCUACCGGCCUUCACGACAGAUUCCUACAGCGUGGCAUGAUGUCUGACCUUGAUGAGGCCAUUGAGCUACACCGGGCUGUAUUACUCCUCUGUCCCCCCGGUCAUUCAGAUCGAUCCUCAUCUCUGAACAAUCUUGCUAGCGGCCUUCACGACAGAUUUGAGAAGCGUGGGAUCAUGUCUGACCUUGAUGAGGCCAUCGAGUUGCAUCGGGAUGCGUUACUCCUCCAUUCCCCCGGUCAUUCAGAUAGAUCCUCGUCUUUGAACAAUCUUGCAAUCAGCCUUCACGACAGAUUCGAGCAGUGUGGCAUUAUGUCUGACCUUGAUGAGGCUAUUGAGCUGCACCGGGCUGCCUUACUCCUCUGUCCCCCUGGUCAUUCAAAUAGAUCCUCGUCUCUGAACGAUCUUGCACUCAGUCUUCAAGAGAGAUUCCAGCAGCGUGGGAUUAUGUCUGACCUUGAUGAGGCCAUUGAGCUGAAUCGGGAUGCACUAUUCCUCUGUCCCUCUGGUCAUUCAGAUCGAUCUUUGUCUCUGAACAAUCUUGGACUCAGCCUUCGAGACAGAUUCCUGCAGCGUGGGAUCAUGUCUGACCUUGACGAGGCUAUCGAGCUGCAUCGGGAUGCAUUACUCCUUCGUCCUCUCGGUCAUUCAAAUCGAUCCUCGUCUUUGAGCAAUCUUGCAAACAGCCUUCGAGACAGAUUCCUACAGCGUGGCAUCAUGUCUGACCUUGAUGAGGCCAUUGAGCUGCAUCGGGAUGCAUUACUCCUCCGUUCCCCCGGUCAUUCAGAUCGAUCGUCGUCUCUGAACAAUCUUGCAAUCAGCCUUCGAGACAGAUUUCAGCAGCAUCCAAACAUGUCCGACCUUGAUGAGACUAUCGAGCUGCAUCGGGAUGCAUUACUCCUCCGUCCCCCCGGUCAUUCAGAUAGACGCUCAUCUCUCGACAAUCUUGCAAACGGCCUUCGAGACAGAUUCCUACAGCAUGGCAUCAUGUCUGACAUUGAUGAGGCCAUUAAGCUGCAUCGGGAUGCAUUACUCCUUCAUCCCCCCGGUCAUUCAGAUCGACCCUCGUCUCUGAGCAAUCUUGCUACCAGCCUUCACAACAGAUUCCAGCAGCGUGGCAUUAUGUCUGACCUUGAUGAGGCCAUCGAGCUGCAUCGGGAUGCAUUACUCCUUCGUCCCCUCACUCAUUCAGGCAGAUCCUCAUCUCUGGACUAUCUUGCACUUAGCCUUCGAGAUAGAUUCCGCCAGCGGGGCAUCCAGUCUGACCUUCAUGAAGCAUUUAGCUUAUAUUCUCAACUCUCCCACCUAUCGCAUGCAGCAUCUCGCACAGACCUUCUUGUUGCAAAGUCAUGGGCAGCCCUCGCCGACACCCUCGAUCACGCAUCUGCAUUGCUUGCCUAUCAGACUGCACUCAAAUUCCUGGAUCAGCAAGUUGCUCUCUUGUCGUCUUCUUCACAUCAUUUCGACGUCAUCAGGGAGGCCGUUUCUUCCCUUGCCACAGAUGCUUUUUCAUGCAGUGUUCGUCAUGGUGCGCUGACAACUGCGGUGGAGCUAGUUGAGCAAGGUCGUGCAGUGUUUUGGACCCAGCUGGCACGCUUCAGCACGCCACUGGAUGAACUUUCUGUCUCAGGUGACACCGCCACGGCCUUGGCAGAGGAGUUCAGACGGUUGAGUUUUCGCCUUCGUAAUGCGUUCGACCAGUCUACCGAAGACCAGUCCCCGCAAAUCCGACAACUGACCAUGCAAUGGGAUGAUGUCGUUUCACGGAUCCGCAUGCUUCCCGACUUUUCUCGGUUUCUCUUGCCCCCCCUUUUCUCCGACCUCCAGAAGGCAGCUGAAGACGGUCCUGUCGUCAUUGUCAAUGCCAGUCAGUAUUGCUGCGAUGCCUUGAUUGUCCUUAGCGACCAAGAUCCUGUCCACGUUCCGAUUGAUAUCACGCAGACCGAAGUUUCUGAUUUGUCCUCCGAGUUUCAGUCCCUUAUAAAAGAAUUUGGUUCUUCUGAUACUCAACUCGAGCUUGUCAGCAUCCUUCGUAAACUUUGGCAUCACAUCGUUGGCCCCGUAGUACAAGCCCUCAAGGUGUUGAAUGUUCGCCCUGGUUCGCGUAUCUGGUGGUGUCCCACUGCUGAGUUCGCGCUGCUCCCUCUACAUGCAGCAGGAGCUUAUGAGAAGAAGAGAGACAGUUUGUCUCACAUCUACAUCUCCUCGUACACCCCCACUUUGGCCACGCUUGUUCGUGCGAGACGGCAGGUAUCACUAGAUGGGUCCCCGCAACAUUUUGUUGCCAUUGGUCAAGGAAACCCUGAUGGAGGGAGGCCACUUGAAUGUGUAGCUCCCGAGGUAGCCUUUGUCGCCAAGCGUCUCGCGCCCGUCGUGUCGUCCUUCAUGCGGCUCGAGGACAGCGACGCAACGGUCAAGGGUGCAUUUGAUGCGCUGAACCGUAACCAGUGGCUUCACCUGGCCUGCCACGGAAUGCCUAAUCGACGACGACCAUUUGAAUCUUCCUUCGCGAUGCGCGAUGGGCCGUUGAUGAUCAAGGACAUCAUCCGAUCCAACUGGCAGGAGCCGCAGUUUGCAUUCCUAUCGGCUUGCCACACUACCGUAGGCGAUGAGAAGAGUCCCGAUGAAUCGAUCCACCUCGCUGCGGCAAUGCAAUUCUCCGGAUUUCGCAGUGUGAUUGGUUCCAUGUGGUCUGUCGACGAUGAGGUAGCACAGGAGGUCGUGUCUGGUUUUUACGACCAUCUGAUAGAUGAUUCAGGGAGACUGGACUGCACGCGCUGCAUGCGUGCACAAGAAAUUGUGGCGCAGUGA